CAUUGGGCCACUGGACGCGGUGAAAACAUGCUGUGGAAAUAAUGCGGAAUAUAAUACAUACGACCACUCUUUAAGGUCAGUCUCUAAGUGUGAUAUACCCCAUUACUGUAGUCGCGCCUUUCAGUGUAAAGGUCAACUAGUUGUCACUCACUAGCUACGAUGAGUAUGUUCACGACCGUUGCCCGGGCAAAGGCCCCGGCUACCAUGUCGCUAGCAAAUAUGACUGUGCGAUGCAUGUCGACCACAAUGAUGUCCAAGUUGGAUACCUUCCCUGAGGCUUUGCCUUUCGAUAAGAUGCGAGGAAAGCUCGAUAUUGUAAAGGGACGUCUUGGACACCCGCUUACACUUGCUGAGAAGAUUGUAUAUUCUCACUUGGACGAUCCCGUAAACUCAGAUCUGGUUCGCGGCGAGAGCUACCUCAAGCUUCGUCCCGAUCGAGUGUGUUUCCAGGAUGCGACCGCACAGAUGGCUAUGUUACAGUUCAUCAGCUCUGGUCUACCCAAGGCUGCUGUACCUUGCACAAUUCACUGUGACCAUCUUAUUGAGGCCCAAUUGGGUGGCGAUAAGGAUCUGGCUCGUGCCAAGGACAUCAACAAGGAGGUCUACGAUUUCCUAGCGAGUGCUGGUGCUAAAUAUGGGGUUGGUUUCUGGCAACCCGGAUCUGGUAUCAUUCAUCAGAUCACACUAGAGAACUACGUUUUCCCCGGACUUCUAAUGAUUGGAACCGACUCGCACACGCCCAACGGUGGUGGUCUCGGUGGUGUCUGUAUUGGUGUUGGUGGUGCCGAUGCUGUUGACGUUAUGGCCGACAUCCCCUGGGAGUUGAAGGCACCAAAGGUGAUCGGUGUUAAGUUGACUGGUCAGCUCAGUGGAUGGACCGCGCCCAAGGAUGUUAUCCUUAAGGUUGCAGGUAUCCUUACGGUCAAGGGAGGUACUGGUGCAAUCAUCGAAUACCACGGUGAGGGAGUUGACACCAUGUCGUGCACUGGAAUGGCCACCAUCUGCAAUAUGGGUGCCGAGAUUGGUGCUACCACGUCUGUGUUCCCCUACAACCAAAAGAUGGCCGACUUCCUGAAGGCUACCGGACGUCCCGAAAUUGCCGAGGCUUGCGAUCAGAACAAGGACUUGAUUACCCCCGAUGAGGGCGCCAGGUACGAUCAGCUGAUUGAGAUUGACCUAAACUCUCUUGGUGUCGGAAUUAACGGUCCCUUCACCCCCGAUUGGUACCACCCAAUUGAGACUUUCAAGGAGACCGUUGCUAAGGAGGGUUGGCCCGCAGAGAUGAAGGUUGGACUAAUCGGAUCAUGCACAAACUCAUCUUACGAGGAUAUGGGCCGAUCCGCAUCUCUGGUCAAGCAGGCGUUGGACAAGGGUCUUAAGUUUAAGUCCAAGUUCACUGUCACUCCCGGAUCCGAGCAGGUGCGUGCCACCAUUGAGCGUGAUGGUAUCGCCCAGAUCUUCCGUGAGGCUGGUGGCGUUGUGCUGGCUAACGCAUGUGGUCCUUGCAUAGGUCAGUGGGACCGAAAGGACGUGCCAUCUGGAGAGCCCAACAGCAUUGUGACCUCAUACAACCGUAACUUCGCCAAACGUAACGAUGGUAACCCCGCCACCAACGCCUUUGUUGCAUCGCCCGAGCUCACCACCGCGAUGGCCAUUGCCGGAUCAUUGAACUUCAACCCUCUCGAAGACGAAUUAACGGCUGCGGAUGGCUCCAAGUUCAAGCUUAAGGGUCCCCACGGAGACGAGCUACCUGCCUCUGGCUUCGACGCUGGAGAGGAUACCUACCAAUGGGCACCCAAGGACAACAGUGCCGUAAAGGUGGUUGUUGACCCCGAAUCGGCGCGUCUACAGCUGUUGGAGCCUUUCAACGCCUGGGACGGUAAGGAUUACGAGAAGUGCCCCGUGCUUAUCAAGGCUCUUGGCAAGUGCACCACCGAUCACAUCUCCAUGGCCGGACCCUGGUUGAAGUACCGUGGACAUUUGGACAACAUCAGUAACAACAUGUUGAUCGGUGCCCUGAACGCCGAGAACGACAAGACCAACUGCGUCAAGAACCAGAUUACUGGAUCUGAGGGAGGUGUGCCCGAUGUAGCACGCGAGUACAAGGCUGACGGCAUCAAGUGGGUGGUUGUCGGUGAUGAAAACUACGGAGAGGGAUCCAGUAGAGAGCACGCCGCUCUCGAGCCCCGUCACCUUGGUGGUGUUGCCAUCAUUGUCAAGUCGUUCGCUCGUAUCCACGAGACCAACUUGAAGAAGCAGGGUAUGCUUCCUCUAGUGUUCAACGACCCAUCCGAUUACGAUAAGAUCGACGGCUGUGAUCAAAUCACCAUCAAGAGCACCGAGCUUGCGCCCGGAAGUGUGAUCUCUGCCAUCGUACACAAGGCUGACGGCACCUCGCACGACAUCAAACUUAACCACACAUUCAACGAAGGCCAAAUCGCCUGGUUCAAGGCCGGUUCUGCACUCAACAGCAUGAAGAAUGAUAUGUAAAUUUAUGCGAACUGAGUAAUGGAAUUAAAGAUGUUAUCAUCAGUAUUCAUUGGAA